AUGGAUGGAGACAUUUAUGCAGAAAUACAUCCAUCCUUGCCUCCAUCCAAGGCAUUUCUCCAGGCCAUCCUUGCCUCCAUCCAAGCUGGAUGGAGGCACAUCAGUGUCUCCAUCCUGGAUGGAGGUGUUGAUUCCGCUAGAGCGUUUAGACAGCGUUCGAAAUCUCUCCGGAGCCUAUACGGACCAUUCUCGAUGUCAACCGUGCCUCUCAGAAUACCCUCUCCUCUAUCCGUGCGAUCGCCGACCGUCGCUUCAGUUCCAAGUCAUUUAACGGUAAUAAUACGUUGGCCGUGGUCAGCCAUCAACCAUGUGAUGGUAGAGGAAUAUGACCCGACCCAUGAUGGAUCUGACCCGAAUAUACCCAGCUUUAUCGUCGAAAACUGUACGGAGGAUCAAUUGUGUCCAGCCAAGAGUCAGAAAAGGGCGCGGCUUGUGUGGACCUCAAAACUGCACAAGCGGUUCUUGGACGUGGUGGAGCAUUUGGGAUUAAAGAAUGCGGGGCCAAAUAAGAUUGUGCAGAUAAUGAAUGUGGAUGGGUUGACCCGGGAAAAUGUUGCUAGUCAUCUGCAGAAGUAUAGGUUAUAUAACAAGAGAAAGAAGGAGAGUCCAUCCGCUUCUGAUCACAUGUUUGCUUCGGCACCAGUUUUCCGUCAACAGAGCUUCAACGAGUCGCCAAGUGCUGGGAAUGUGGAUUAUAGAGAUUGUGGGCAAUAUGGGAUUAUGCCAAUUCCAAUGCCAUAA